AUGGCACGGCGGGAGCCGCGAAGUCCAGCCAGCCCUCGAAGCGGCCAUCAAGAACCAUGGGAGGGCGCGGCAGUGGAGAGCAGCGUUGCGGCUGUUCUGCGAGGCGUCUGCAUCUCGCCCUGCAGCCAGCCAGGGCCAGCACCUUGCAGCCGUUGGCGCGUGCGGCAGAGGCGUGCAGUGGCGGCGGGCUCUGGCGCUGCUCGGCGAGAUGUGGCAGGCGAAGGUGGAGCCCAACCUCUAGUCAGCUACGGCGUUGGUAUCAGCGCGUGCGAGAAGGGUGAGCAGUGGCAGAUGGCUCUGUCGCUGCUCAGAGAAAUGUGGGAGGCGAAGCUGGAGCCCACCGUCAUCGGCUACAGCGCUGGGAUCAACGCGUGCCAGAAAGGAGAGCAGUGGCAACGUGCUUUGGCGCUGCUUGGAGAGAUGAGGGAGGCGAAGCUAGAGCCCGGCGUUACCGUUUACAGCGCUGAGAUCCGCGCGUGUGAGAGAUGCGGCCAAUGGCGGCAGGCGUUGUUGUUGCUCGGCGACAUGCGGGAUAGCAGUUUAGAUCCCGAAGCCGCCAGCUACAAUUGGGGUAUCUCAGCGUGCGAGAGAUCUUCUCAUGACUGUGCAAGAUUCCCCGGCUAUCCUGAGAUCGGUCUUUCGCGUUUUCGAGAAUUUUGCGUUCGAGGCAACGUCGUAGCAGCGAUCCAGUCACGGCGAUUAUCCCGCAGGAAGCCAUUGUAG